CUCCUCAUUUCCCCCUCAUUUUCCCCCCAGCUUGCCUGUCAACCAUCAGCCAUCAUCAUCAUCAUCCACCAUCCUCCAUGUGUUCCUGCGCAUUCCAACCUCCCGCCCCUUUCCAAGUUCCAAUCUGACCUCUCGACGUGCCGUCCGUGGACCUUACUGCAUAUACAUCCACUUCCCCAUGUGCCGUCGUCAUCCUGUAGUCUGGCUGCAUCCUGUACCGAAGAUGAGGGUCAUUCUGGGGUAAUAUCUCCGUCCCCUUACCCCGCGUUGACGGGUUUGAAUUACUGCGAGUCUCCCAAUUCUGGCAUCAAUACCCAAGGCUUCACUCACCACCCUCACAUUGACCCACACCGUCUUGUUGCUCGUGCUGAUGCCGACAGCGUAUACCCGGGCAGGGAAUGCCGGAAAAGCCGUCCCAGGAAAUGAGUCUUUUCCCGCAGCCAUCCGUCAGGGAAAGCUCGACGACGACAACAGGUAGCAAUGAACUGUAGGGAGACAGGCAGACAGACACCCUCACACCCUCACACCUAACACAUAUAUAUAUAAACAUACAGGGAGACCAAGCACGAUGUAGCCCCAACUGCAUUGCUCUAGCCUUCUUCAACUCGGCCGAAUAGCUCCCCCCCCCCCCCCCCCCCCCCAGUGAAGCUGUGUCACAAUGAAGAUAUCGACGCCCCUUUCCCUCCUCUUCGGGGCCCUCGCCUCCUGGCCAUCUCUCGCCGCCGCCGCGACCCCUUCGGGCCCGGCCACGACAUACGCGGCAUGCCAGAAGAAGACGUGCAACAAUCCCUUCGACGGGUGUCCCCCAAACACCCUCUUCGUCAGCAAGUCUUCGCGCCACGCAAACUUCACCACCAUCCAGGCCGCCAUCGCCUCCCUUCCCAACAACACCACCCCCUACUUCAUCCUCAUCGCCCCCGGAAACUACACCGAGCAGCUCAAUGUCACCCGCUCGGGGCCCUUGACCCUGCUGGGCAUGACCGACGACCCAGCCUCGGGACUCCUGUACUCGGACGUGAACCCCGACACCACCGCCUCCAACGCCAACGAGGUUCAGGUGUGGUGGAACGCCGCCAACCACAACGUCGCCUUCCCGGAUAACGCCUACACGAGCGUGUUGACCGUCGGCCCCAACCUCAACGCCACCCUGACCGGUUCCGGCCCCACCGGCUUCCCCGUGCCCGAGGACACCCCCUUCGGCUGCACAGACUUCCGCGCCUACAACAUCGACUUCCGCAACGACGAGUACCCCUUCUCCAACGGGCCCGCCCACGCCGUCGGCGUCAGCAGGGCCAACGCCGGCUUCUACUCGUGCGGCCUCUACAGCUACCAGGACACCCUCUACGUCGGCAAACUGGGUAACGCCUACUUCUACGACAACGUCAUCGCCGGCCAGACCGACUUCCUCUACGGCUUCGGCACCGCCUACAUUCAGAAUUCCACACUCUCUCUGCGCAACUGCGGUGGCGGCAUCACCGCCUGGAAGGGCACAAACACGACCUUUGACAACAAGUACGGCGUCUACAUCUCAGACUCCCAGGCCAUCGCCGCCAACGCCUCCAUCGCCCAGACCAUCCGCGGCGCCUGCCCCCUCGGCCGGCCCUGGAACGCCCAGCACCGCUCCAUCUUCAUGGAGUCCUACUUCGACGCGAGCAUCAAGCCCCAGGGCUACAUCCAAUGGGGCGCCACCGACAACCGCAUCAAUAACUACACCUUCAUGGCCGUCUACGACGACCGCGGCCCGGGAUGGACCCCCGCCCAGAUGGCCGCCAGCAACAUCACAAAGGUCCUCGAUGCCGCCGCCGUCAAGCCCUACAGGAACCCCGUCGACGUCUUCCAGACCGCCGAGGGCACGUUUGGCUUCGUCUCGUGGAUCGAUCAGAGUGUAUUGAGAACGGCGUGAUGUCUGCAGGGUACGCGAGACCUCUGCCGCCGGACUGAGAAGCAACAGCAAGAACCAUAGUAAAGUACAUGUAGUGUGAGUCUAGACAGGCAGGAAGAGUAAUAACCUAAUCUUUCUUCCGUCUGGACGAUUGUUAGCCAUUCA